CGGGUUGACUUCGCCUCGCCGCGAUCGGGCCGGCGGGUAGGGUAGAGAGCUAUAGAGAGCCCGUGCCGCCCGCGUUGUAUCCCCCCGGCCUGCGCGUCCAAAUACACGUACGCGUAUAUAUGCGGGCGCGGGGGCCCGGGGGCCUGCUCGACGGCUACUGCCAAAAGUCAACCCCCAUCCCCCCCUCGCCUCCUCUCUCUCCCCAGACACCACGCCGCACGCGUCCCCCCGGCUCGUCAAAGGCUCAAAAGGCGCCGGUAGUAGGUCGCCGUUCAUGCGCGGCGUGCUGCUGCUCAUGGCGGAGCACUUCAACGACUGGGACCUGCAGGCCGUCGUCAGGAGCUGCGGCAGCGUCGCCCACCCGGACCCGCCGGCGGGGCGCGGCCGUCCUCGCGCCGCCGCGGCGCCGAGAGCGGAAGCGGAAGCCGAGGCAGCGGGGGCAGCGCCGGCAGAGCCGACCACGCCUGCAGCGGCGCGGGGAGGAGAGGUGCCGGCGCGUGCUGCGCCGGUGGCGGCGGCGGUGCAGGGACACGAGCGGGCGCCGCCGGCGGUGGCGGCCAAGGGCGCGGCGCUGCUGUACGACCUGGAGUACCUGGACCUGGACCACAAGCCGUUCCUGCUGCCGGUCACGCCGUCGCCGCGGGGCGCGCGCGCGGGGGACGACGGGCGCGAGCGCGAGGUGAUGAUCUCUUUCCCCGCGGCGGCGGCCUCGACGUCCGGGAUGCAGCAGCAGAGGGCGGUGCCGCCUGGCCGGAAGGCCGGCGCGCGCACGCCGCGGCCGAAAAGGAGCAAGAAGAGCCAGCUGAAGAAGGUGGUGCGGGAGAUGCCGGUGGCCGACGGCGGCGCGUCGUCGUCGGACCCGUGGGCGUGGCGCAAGUAUGGCCAAAAGCCCAUCAAGGGAUCGCCUUAUCCGCGGGGGUACUACAAGUGCAGCAGCAUGAAGGGGUGCAUGGCGCGGAAGCUGGUGGAGCGCAGCCCGGCCAAGCCCGGUGUGCUCAUCGUCACGUACAUGGCGGACCACUGCCACCCCGUGCCCACUCAGCUCAACGCGCUCGCGGGCACCACGCGCCACAAGUCGUCGUCGGCCGGCACCGCGGCGGCCGCCGAGGACACCGCGACGUCGUCGCCCAGGAGCCACGAGCAGCAGGGCCCUUCUUCUGUCGGCAGGGACGGCAGCACCGCCGACGCAGAGGACGCGGCGAGGUGCGACGUCGUCGACGGCAACGACAAGUCGACGGCGAUGGCCUUGGAGUUUGGCGCCGAGGAGAUCGCGGCCGCCGACGACGAGAACGAGCUGUGGCCCGCGGGGAUGGACCUGGACGAGCUCUUGGCGCCCGCGGACGACGACUUCGAUUUUGAACACGUCGUGGACGAGGAGGAUGGCGUGCUGGGACGUCGGCUCUCGCUCUAGCUGGAGUUGAGCGCUGUAGCGUCAGAUCAGAACAAUCUAUUGCGCAGAGAUCCUGACCCCAAGAGAUGCAAUGUAUAGGCGUCUGUUGUGUGCGUUUCUGACAGACAGGAUCCCAAAAUCAAAAGCUGAUUUUUUUCGUGUGUAUCUGCGUACUCGCGCAAUAUCCGAGAGGUCGGUGCGCAUUGAUUUU